AUGGACGGGGUCAGGGAAUGGGAAAGACGUGAUGGGGAUGAAAAUCCCUGGUUUCGGUGGGCAAUGAUUGGCAAACGCAUUUCCCACGUCGCCCACGUUCCGGAGGAGAGGGAUCCAAGUCUGCUGCGUCGUCCCCGUGUAGCAAGCCAGCGAGAAGAAGAGGAACAUGGCAAGCAGGCAACGCAGCAUCGACCUGGUCUUGGCGGCAACGAUAACCUGGAGAUUGUAUGGCGGGCCGCGGCCCUGACUGGGAUGACGGAGGCGAUCCGCAAGGGCUCUGCAGGCACGAACCAGUGGGAGCUGCAGGCUGAGGAGAGCCAGGUCCCGUCAGCGAAGCGCAAGCUUGCGCCGUGCAGUGCCGGCCCACCGCCAUCCUACGAAAAUACGGAUAUCCGUAUCAUGUUUGUGCAUGUCGACUCUCUCCGGGCCCUUCCAGCGGUCAAGGAGAAGCUUGUCUUGUCUCUCAACCUCUUUCCGAAGGUCUCUGAGUCUCAUCUCCCCAGCUAA